AUGCAGUCGCUCCUGGACACGACGGCGGCCCAAGCGCCCUCCACUCGGGUGCCGGGCGGCAGCGCGGCAAACGUGAUGAAAGGCCUGGCGGGAGUGUCUGGCGGCACACUGCUGACGCAAUUUAUGGGCAUGGUGGGCGCCGAUGAAGCCGGGACCUUCUACACCGAGCAGCUGUUGGAGCGUGGCGUGGAGCCCCUGCUGCUGGAGAGCGCCACUGGCGCCCCGACAGCGCGCUGCGUCUGCCUGGUCACGCCCGACGGCCAGCGGACGAUGCGCACGUGCCUCGGUGCGGCGGCGGAGCUUACAAGCUGCUCGCAGCUGCCGCAGGGCUGGAACGCGGGGCCCGCACUUCUGCACUGUGAGGGCUACCUGCUGUACAAGCCCAGCGUCGUUCGGGAGGCCAUGGCGGCCGCCAGGGCCGCGGGCGCGCUGGUGUCACUGGACCUGGCGUCAUUUGAGGUGGUGGCGGCCUGCCGGGAUACGCUGCUGGGCCUGCUGGAGGCCGGCCUGGUGGACGUCGUGUUCGCCAACGAGGAAGAGGCGGCGGCGCUGGCGGGCGGCGGAGCCGCGGCAAGUGCAGAUGGCCAGUCGACCUUGUUCCUGGUAGAGGCCGCGCAGUCGCUGGUGCUGCAGCACGCCCGUGUCUGCGUCGUCAGCUUGGGCGCCCGCGGCGCAGUCGCGCGCGCCGCGACUGGUGAGGCCGGCAGCGCGGCGGCCAGCAAGGUCGCAGUGGUGGACACCAUCGGCGCGGGUGACCUCUUCUCGGCGGGCUUCCUCUACGCCCUGUUGCGCGGCUCCCCCCUCUCCACCUGCUGCGCCGCGGGCUGCGCCGCGGGUGCCGAGGCCGUCCAGGCGCGCGGCACCGCGCUCAGCGGCGCAGCGUGGCGGCGCCUGCGAGCCACCAUCGCGGGCCUUGUGGGCGACAACGCCACGGGCGUGGCUGAAGGCCGGCCGCCGCCCGGCAGUGCACGCGCGCUGAUCUGCCCACCGGGCCGCAAGCAUCGGACGGUGUACGGCCAGCAGGGCAGCGUGGGGCACUCUCCAGGGCUGGAACGCUCACGCACCGGGUCUCUUGCUUCGUCGAUGACAUCAUCCUCCUCGACCCAGUGGCUCGGGAUGGAAGCAGACUCGUGA